AUUCACGAGGACGACCUGCAGGCCUAUAUCGUUUAAGUUGCGCCUUUGAGUCAAAUAUAAUUGGCUAUUGACCUGUGACGCAGGCAGCAUGUUGUACUGAAUUUCCUCGUACGCGAUAUACCUCGAAUUGGUCAUUAUCAAUUCAAGUUUAUCAACAAUACGAGAUGGUUUUUUUUUUUUUUUAAAGAUGACCUAGUUAAAACGCUAGAAUCUGUAUAUAAAAGGAAACGCAUGCAUGCGCUAAAUAUCGUAUAACCUGGUGCAUUUUCCAGAUACACUGGCAGAGACAUUGCGGGAGACAGUGUAGCGUCGGAAGAACAAAUUGUAGGGGAGCGAAGGUAACAUUAUGAAUCAAAAAGAGCAGCAAGAAAACCUGCAUGCCAAGCUGUUCACGGAGCUUGAGCGGGAGCUAGUGCCUGACACAUUCGAGAGAGUCAAGAGCCGGUUGGAGGGUAAACAUGGCUUGCCUGCAAGGGAUGUUGAACAGGCAAAUACACCUUCCAGACUCUUGCAUCUACUAAAGCGAGCUGACAAAAUACGUGUGGGAGACUAUACUCUUCUGAAGGAUGUUUUGCGAGAUGUGGGAGAGGCGAACCUGGUCAGAAACAUAGAGGAAUGCGAGCGUGAGAUCAGGAGCAUUGGAGACAUCGUCAAACCUGUGACCAGGUUGCAAACUGCGUAUGACCACACGAAAGGUGAGUUGCGGACAUUAGUCCAUGACCAGCUGUUGGAAAAUCUCGCGAGAGAUACGACAAUCUCAGGAGAAGUGAACGAAAUGAAAUCGAUGAGUAGGACGGCAACUGAUUGGUUGGUUUCUAAUGGUUGCAUGUACCAUGCUGAAGAUAUGACGUCACCAAAAGAGUUGUUUGAGCAGUUGGAACGCUGGAAUGUCAUACAGAUUGGGAAAUAUGAUAAAUUAAAGCGUCUGUUUAUCAUGAUCGAUAGAAAGGAUAAAGUGAGAAUAAUUGAGGAGGCUGAGGAUGAGUUGAAGGCCCUCGAUAUCGGUGGUCAAACCCAUCGUAAGCGAGCACCCACAGUUGACGGCAGUAAAAACAUCGGGAUGAAUUUAGGGGGAGAACCGUCCGCCAAAGUGCCAGCAGUAGAAAGCAGUAGAAACCCUUCUCUGGAGUAUCAAAUCGGGAAAACUGAAGAAGGGAAAUCGGGCCUGCUGGUCAUAUUCAACAUGUUUACCAAACAACGAGAGGGUACACUCAACGAUUCGACCAAUUUAAAGACUCUUUUUGAAACGAAGUUCAACUUUGAUGUCCGGGUGCGCAAGAAUUUACCGAAGGCGGCGGUUGUCCGAGAAAUGGCGUCCAUCCGCCAUGACAUCGAGGAGGAUAAAUAUCCGCAGUUGUUCUUAGUAAUGCUGAGUCAUGGAGACAAGGAAGGCAUCUACACCUGCUGCAAGCCAGGGGACGACUUCGAUAAGUGUAAAGAUGAACAGAUAACAAUGGCGGAGAUCCUCGACAACUUUACCUGCGAAAAGUCCAAGCAAUUAAUUGGUAUGCCUAAAGUGUUUCUAAUUCAGGCCUGUCGUGGCAACGAUUACCAGGAGAGCGCAAUGCCAGACAAGCCUGGACAACAAGAAGAGAAGGCAGACAUUGAUACCGCGCUCACCAAGCUGUAUACUCCAGUGGAUUCAGACUUUCUCGUCGCUUAUUCUCAAACUGAAGGAUACGUUUCCUUCCGGAAUGCGGAAAAGGGUUCCUGGUUUAUACAAACUAUCUGUGACGUAUUCGAACAGAACUACCGCUAUCAUCACGUGCUGGACAUGCUGACCAUGGUCAACAGGGAGGUUUCUAAGAAACGAACCAAAACGGACCUCGGAAAAAAUGUGGGGCAGAUAUCGUGUCAGGUGUCGACACUGAGAAGCAACUUGUUUCUUGGUUGAAACCCGAGCAUGUGUUUUAAAGUUCACCGCAGGCUAGAUGAGCUCUGAUUGGUGAACCUGACAGGAGGUAUUUUAAAAUGCUCUUGUUAGAGGAAGGAAGUGAGACAUUACUCAAGAUUCUCUUCUCUCUCAAGCGCAAAUGACCAUUGUAUUGAUUCACUCGCCACGAUUAGUUUUCCUGUUGGUUCGAUUUACCACUGUGGUGAGUCUCCCGACAAUUUUCAUUCACGUUUGAGAAAGAAGACAUUUGACCAUAUUUUUACCCAAGGAUAACUUUUAAGUAGCAUAAUUGGUAUACACGAGUGAGCUUUACGAAUCCAUUCAUGCGCAUUUCUGUACUUUUUUAGUAACUGUCAAUUUGACGUUGACAAUAUUUUUAUUCCGUUAAUGUAUUCUAUGUGCCAUAUCAACGUUGUUUCUAUUUUUCGGCAGAUACAGAAAGCGAACGGGACGAAGUUGCCGUCUGAUUAUAAGGCUUGUGAUUUACUUAACUUAAGGGACUUACAGUACUAAAGUCCGAUCCAUUCUCCAAUACAGGCAAGUUCUUCGUGUCAUUCGUGAAACUGAAAGCAAUAAAGUUAUUAUCGCAUUGAUAGCUCAUUUUGCAUCUAGCCUGGUACUGUACAUGUAUUAUUGUUACGUCAACAUUCCUUUUGCUAAUGUAUGCUGUUAAGUUGAUCUGAGAUUAUAAUUCAGUUCACUUUUCAACCUAAUAUUAGUGCAUUUACGUGUUUGUCUGGUUAUGAUAGAAUAAAGCUAUGUUGAACUCAA